AUGAAGACCAUAUACCUGGCUGCCUUGGUGCUCGGACUGGCCAGCGCAAGCCCACAGUCCAACCUGGCCCGCAUGGCAGACACUUUCAUCCGGAUCGGGGUCAGGAAGGUGUUUUACUACAACGAGGCGACGCUGUACACGGCGUUCGAGGCCGCCUACAACCUGACGGGAAACUCCACCCUGGUCAGCUGGUACCGCGACCAGAUCGACGACGCGGUGGUGCUCCCCGACGGCACGAUACGAGAUUGGAGGCUCGACUACUACUCGCUGGACGACUACCGCAUCGGCAACAACCUCCUGUGGUGGUACCAACGCACGGGCGACGCCAAGUACCGCGCGGCGGCCGACACGAUCCGGCGGCAGCUGGACAGGCACCCGCGCACGCCGUCGGGCGGGUUCUGGCACCGCGCGCCCGUUUACAAGGACCAGAUGUGGUUCGACGGCAUUUUUAUAGCCGACAGCUUUUACGCCCGGUGGACGGCGCUGUUCGACGGGGGCAACGCAACGGCCUGGGACGACAUUGCGCGCCAGUUUGACAAUAUCGAGAGCCGGACGCGGAACCAGACCACGGGCCUGCUGGUGCACGGUUACGACGAGGCCAAGAGGGCCGUCUGGGCGGAUCCGGUCACGGGCGCCGCGCCGUUGGUGUGGGGCCGGGCCGUCGGGUGGUACUUCCUCGCCCUGACCGAGGUUAUCCCGCUUAUACCGGCUGCGCACCCCGGGCGGGAGAGGCUCGUGCGGUAUUUCGUCACGCUGGCGGAGGGUUUGAAGAAGGCGCAGGACCGGGGCUCGGGCGGCUGGUGGCUCGUUAUAAGCGAGCCGUAUCCCGGGCGGGAUGGGAAUUACCUCGAGUCCAGCGCGGCCGCCAUGUUCACGGCUGGUCUGCUCCGCGGUAUAAAGCUGGGGCUGCUGGAGACGAACAAGUUCCGCUGCACCGCGGACAAGGCCUAUCAGCAUCUGGUCGAGCGGUUUGUGACCGAGGGCGAGGACGGUACCAUUACGUGGGAGGGAAUUGUGCAGGUCGGGUCGUUGAGUGGGAACGGGACCUACGAGUAUUACAUCUCGAUUCCUGUGGUACGCAACGAUGCCCGUGGUGGAGGUGCUUUUAUGCUAGCGUCUUACGAAAUGGCAACCCUGAAAUAG